GUCCCGCCCGCCGGCGCCCCGCGGUAUAAGAGAACCGCGCCGGGAGCUGGGGCGCGAUGGCACGAAUCCCCGGGGGCCGGUGGACAGGCCCCGACCGGCCAGGAGUUCCCGUGGCCCCGGGAGACGCCGCUAGAGGCCGCGUCACUGCCGCCGCCUAGGCCGCGGCUCCUGCGCUCGCUCCCGCCGCGGCGGCUGCUCGGGCUCCUCCUCCCGCCUCCUCCCCCCGCGCCGGCGGCUUCCCAGGCUCCUCUCCGGGUAAACAGCGAUGGCCGCCGAGGAAGGAGGUGGCGAGCCCCAUAACAACAUGGGGAACCACCUACAGCUGGUGCCUGCAGAGAGUGAGGAAGAGGAUGACAAUGAAAUGGAAGUUGUUGAAGAUCAAGAUAGUAAAGAAGCUGAAAAGCCAAAUGCCAUCAAUUUUGAUACCAGUUUGCCAACAUCACAUGUGUAUUUAGGUUCUGAUAUGGAAGAGUUUCAUGGAAGAACGGUGCAUGAUGAUGACAGCUGUCAGGUGAUUCCAGUGUUGCCCCAUGUGAUGGUGAUGUUGAUUCCUGGACAGACGUUGCCUCUUCAGCUUUUUCGCCCCCAAGAGGUUAGCAUGGUGCGGAAUUUAAUUCAGAAAGACAGAACAUUUGCUGUUCUUGCAUACAGUAAUGUACGUGAAAGGGAAGCGCAUUUUGGAACAACAGCAGAAAUAUAUGCCUACAGAGAAGAGCAGGAAUAUGGAAUUGAAACUGUCAAAGUGAAAGCAAUAGGAAGACAGAGGUUCAAGGUGCUUGAAAUAAGAACCCAGUCAGAUGGAAUCCAGCAGGCCAAAGUACAAAUCCUUCCAGAGCGAGUGCUGCCUUCAACAAUGUCAGCAGUGCAGCUUCAGUCUCUCAGCCGCUGCCAUAUAUUUCCUUCUUCAAAACCUACUGCGUGGCAGGACCGAGCUAUACGUCAAUGGUGGCAGAAAUAUCAAAAGAGGAAGUUCCACUGUGCAAGUUUGACAUCUUGGCCUCCCUGGCUCUACUCUCUAUAUGAUGCUGAAACCUUGAUGGAAAGAGUCAAGAGGCAGCUACAUGAAUGGGAUGAAAAUCUUAAAGAUGAAUCUCUUCCAACAAACCCAGUAGAUUUUUCUUACAGAGUUGCUGCUUGCCUGCCAAUUGAUGAUGCUUUACGCAUACAGCUGCUGAAAAUAGGUAGUGCUGUUCAGCGACUCCGGUGUGAAUUAGAUAUUAUGAACAAAUGUACAUCUCUUUGUUGUAAGCAAUGCCAAGACACAGAAAUAACUACCAAGAAUGAAAUAUUCAGUUUAUCCCUGUGUGGACCCAUGGCAGCAUAUGUGAAUCCUCAUGGGUACAUCCACGAAACCCUUACUGUAUAUAAAGCCUGCAACUUGAAUCUCAGUGGACGACCAUCAACAGAGCACAGCUGGUUUCCUGGGUAUGCCUGGACUAUAGCUCAGUGCAGGAUCUGUGGGAACCAUAUGGGAUGGAAAUUCACAGCUACCAAAAAGGAUUUGUCACCUCAGAAAUUCUGGGGAUUGACACGGUCUGCUCUCCUGCCGCGGAUUCCAGAAACAGAGGACGACUCGGGCCACGAUAGAUCACCCUUGCUCUGCCUGUGACCCGGUAACCUGCUCUGGAGAGGAGUGGGCAGUAGUCUGUCUCUGAAAUGCAUCUGCUCAGUUCUGCUUGUGAUGCUUAAACUUUAAAAACCCUGGAACUCACACCCACACUCAAAAAACACCAACCAGACAAGCAGUUUCACUGCGUUUGGCUUUGGUGUGCAUCCACAUCACUGUUUCAGACACGCUGAGGACUGAAGGUUGAAUCUUUAAAUGGCAAAGGAGGAGAGGAGGUGGCGUGAGACACGAAGAAAUCUAUCUGAUCUGUCUGGACAGACUUGAGACUGAACUCUCUCCUUCCUUGUAGGAUUUACUGCUAUCAACUUGCAGUGAAAGAAGGUGGGGGAAAACUAAAAUGACAAAUGAACAGAGUAUAAUUUAUGCAAUAUGUGUAUGAUGGUAAGAUACCAGUUACUUGCUGUGGAGUAGUUUCCGUAAUAUACUUAAAAGCGUUUUUGCUGAAAAUCCCUGUUUCUAACGAUGUAGAAUACUUCAGAUUUUAUGCUCAUGCUGUUUCUCAGAUGUUUGCUGAGUAACCAUCAGACAGAGUACAAGAAAAGUAUCCCUUCUGGCUGAUAGUGUGUUGGCAAUGUCAGUGGCAGUGCUGUGACUGCAGAAGCAAGAGCUUCCUGCUACCUGCAGCUGGAACAUCUGCAUUAUGGGAUGCCCUUUGAAAGGAACCCACAUGAGGUAUUUGGUCCUUACACAUUGUCCCAUCUAUUUAGUCUGUUUGACUCUAGAAGCCUUGCAUUUUAAACUAUUUAUAGAAAAUAUAAAGAUCAGUCCUAGAACAUAAACUACAUUGUCAUUUACUGUUGAAUGUGCUUAUAUUUACUUUUCAGAAUUUUUUGUGCUUAUAUUUACUUUUUCAAAAUUAUUUCUGUGAAGGUUAAUUUACCAGCAUACAUGUCCAGGGUUCUGUAAAGUACUCUCUAAAAUAUGUAAUUACGGAGAUUUUUCAGUAGUAUUUAUUUUGACAAGUGGGAGGUAACAUCUCUUGAAUUUUUUUCUUUUUACACAUUCAUAUGGUAAAGUAAAAUUUCACAUUACCACCCUUAUCUUAGAAAGAACAAACAUUUCUAAAUAAAACACAAAUCAAAGGUAGUGCUUUUUGUUUUGUCUGAAGUGCUGUUUAUGCUACAGGAAUUGGGUGCCAAAAUGGGGCAGCUUUUGCCACUGAUCCGUGUGGUUUUUUUCCCCUCAGAAUGCACUUUGGUGGUGUAAAUGGAACACUUCUUCAAUAUGUUUGUGUGCAUACAUACUUUUCUUUUGAAGCCUUAUCAUUCACUCUUUAUUUCUUCACAGUAAAUCUUUCAGAACUUGCAUUGUUUAAAUAUAAUGACACAAAGCUACUUAAGAUACAGGAGAGCAAACGCAGGACACAUCCUCCAGUGCCAGGCAAGUAGCUGAUGUACAUGGCAGAGUGGUACCUGCUGCAGUGCAGCAGAAGAGAUGCCAGAUGCUGAAAGGCUGUUAAUUAUGCUAGGUAUGUAGAAACUAAUGAUUGUGUAACUCAGGUGUAGUUCUUCGAAGCCUUCUACCUCUGUGCUCUGUGAUAACAUUUUUUUUCUCUCCAUAGACAUCUUUAGUGCCAUAUUUGAUUUCGCGUGCAGUGCUCUGACUCGCCAGUGAGCUGUGGAAAGCAAUACUUCUUUGAAUAGAAUUCUGAACAAAUAGAGGGUGAAUGAUGGCUCAUUCUCUUUGAGAAAACAUUCUGUAUUUUGAUUAUCUUUCUAUUAUAAACUUUCAAAAGGCUGAAAUGCUAAGCACUGAUGUGAGAGACUGUGAAACCUCUGUACUUGGGUAGCCACUGAAACCAUACUGAGUUGUUGGCUCACGACCUGCACAGGCCCAUGUAGAUAUAUACACACACACCCCUUAGCUGUAGGCUUGGUUUAUUUUGUCCCUCAAAUACACCCAGUAUCUCUUGUUCCCGGUACCCUCAGUAGGCUCGUGGGUGGCAAGAAGUUAGAGGUACCUUUUGGGGCCAUUUGCUUUAAGUAGUCACUGAGGACAUACAGUAAAUGAGGCCUUCAAAAAUGAUUGGGUUGUUGUUUUUUUGCAGCUGUCACUGAACUUCAUCAGGUCUUUGGCUGAGUCUUUUGGAUUGCCUCAACUAAGAAUGGCAUUAUGUUGGCAAUGUUUGAUUAUAAAAUAGGCAUAUUUUUGGUAUUGUGUAUAUAUAUGGUCAAAUGUAAACUAAUAUAAUCAAGUGAGAUAAGUCUGGAGUAAAUUUAGCACUAAUUUAAUUUUAUUGUUGAUGAUGGUGUUCAGUCUAGCCUACCCUUCUGUUUAAUGUUCACCAUUUCGAAGUCCAUGACACUUCCCAGGUUGAAAACAAGGUGGCUGCAAACAAAGUGAAUCCUGCCGUGGUGACACUGGCCCUCAUAGUGCUACACAUGUAAGAAUGCUCAGAACGUGCCACCCUCAUCUCUAUCCUGGGCAGUGGCAGGGUUGGUGUCCUGGCUGUGCUGUGUCAGGUCUGACGGAAGGAGGAGGGACAAACGGGUGUCUUGUAGGGAGAGCAGAGGGGCUGCCCUGCUGAGCGGAUGGAUUGGAGUGUCUGUAGCAUAGAAUUGCUUAUUUUCAAGCUGUCGUUGCAAUAGUGUAAAGAUGUCAUACAAUCAGAGCCUGUAAUAUUGCAAGUUUUCCUAUCUUUUUGUUUCGUUUUGCUGACUAGGUAGAAUCACGUAGGACAGUUGCACACUUGGUCUAAAACAUGUUCAAAUACUCUACCAUUUAAUAAUGCUAUUUUUGUAUGUGUUGCAAUUCCUUUUGUUCCUCUCUGUUUUUUCACCUUUGGUUAAUUGCUUUGUAAAAGCUGCAGAAAGGGUAGCACGGGCUCUGCAUUAAUUCUUUCUCUGUCUGCCUUUUGAGACAACUUCUCAGAAAAAUCUUGUUGCUUGCAAACAUUUGCAAAGAAUAAAAUGCAAACUUGUUUCAAAA